AUGCCUCCUUUCCAAUCAUUCACAUCCCCUCUUUCACACCAUGCCUCCACACUUGCUUCAUGGAACCUCAAACCCAGAUCGUCCCCCGAUGAGGCUCAGCCGGCAGGGCUCAUUGCCCUUGGAGUUUGUCUCGGGGUCGCCCUUGCCCUAGUGCUCAUCUGGUACACUUGUUGCCGGGCACAAACAGGGCCGCUGAAGGAAAUACAGAUGUACAAAAGGGGCCCGGGGUCCAGGAUGAGGAAAGAAAUUCAGGACAAGACGUACGACAUUUCGAGCUCCUACCCCAGCCCGAUUAUGAUGCCUCCGCAGGCCUACGUCACCAACCCCUAUCCCAACCCGGUCACGGCCCCGCCACAACCAUACGGCCUCCCCCAUUCCUACGCCAACCCGGCCACCAUCCCAGCACACGCCUAUGACGCGCCCGAUCCCUAUCCCAACCUUACCACGGCCCCGCCGAUGGCGACGAUUGCACCGGAAAUGGCACAACCACCACCAAAGGCCUACACGCACCAUGCCAUGAGCUAUCUCGACCCGGCUCUCGGCGGGACGACGACGGGGCUGGGGCUGCGAAAUGCGGGGGAGCCCGAGAUGACCGAGGUGCCCGCUGGGGAGGCGGGCUGUGACCAGCCUCCCGCUUCCUUCAAGUUUUAUACGGAGAGAGUCUUGGGGGUGCCGGUGCAGACCCGGUACCGGGGCAGUUUGGGGGGUCAAGUCGCCGGGGGAUGGUCCCGGGUGGGGGCGACCCAUGCCCCAUGCCCCUGA